AUGGAUAUUUCUUAAUCAUCAUUAAAUAACUUAGAAGUUACUCCUGUUGCAUCUGAGUAAUUAACUAAGAAACAAAAAAGAAUGGCAAAAUAAAGAGUUCCUGUUACUCUUCAAUCCUUUGAAUUGCUGAAUGUAAUUGGAGAAGGAAAGUUUGGAACUGUUCUUUUAGUAAAGAAGAAAGACAGUGGCAAGCUUUUUGCUAUGAAAAUUAUCAAGAAAUCAAUAAUUAGAAAGAGAUAAUUUGCUCAUAGAAUAAUAUAAGAAAAGGAUAUUCUUGCUUUCUGCAAUAAUAAUUUUAUGACUAAACUCCAUUACUCUUUCUAAAACUAAAAUAACUUAUUCCUUAUCCUUGAUUACUGCUCUGGAGGUGAUCUAUUCAACUACAUCUCAAAGAAGAACACAAUUAGUGAAAAGGAUGCUAAAUUCUAUGCUGCAUAAAUUGUGCUAAUGCUUGAGUACCUCCACUCCUAAAAUAUUGUUUACAGAGACUUAAAACCCGAGAAUAUCCUUAUUGAAAAGAAUGGUUAUUUGAAAUUAGGAGAUUUUGGAUAUGCCAGACAAAAUAUGGAUUCUAUAGAAGCUAAGAGCGUCUGCGGAACUCCCCAUUACUUCCCACCUGAGAUGAUCACUCGUGAAGGACAUGGUAAGCCAGUUGACUGGUGGGCUUUGGGAUGCGUCAUUUAUGAAAUGGUAUUUGGAGCUACCCCCUUUGAUGACUCAAAUCAAAAAAUUCUAUUUGAUAGAAUUAAAAAUAGCCCUGUAAUUUUUGAAAAUGACAAAAAUAAGAAAGUCUCUAAUAAUUUUAAGGACAUUGUCAACAAACUCCUUAAAAAGAAUUAAAAUGAAAGACUUGGAACUGCUUCAAUUGAAGAAAUCAAAAGCCACCCAUGGUUCGAUAAGAUGGACUGGACUGCAUUAUCCAAUUAAACAAUUGCUGCUCCCUUCAUUCCUGCAGUCAAGAAAGUAAGUGACGUAUCCAACUUUGAUAUUACAUUUACCAACAAAGAUGUUAGUGACUACAACAACGACUCAACUGAUUGCUCAUCAGAUGAUGACUCAGAUGAAUAUUAGAACUUCUAUUAUGACUGCAGUUAAAAGUAAUUAUGA